CUUCGAUCAGCCAUUGUUCUUGGUAGAUUAUGGCGGGAAAUAAGGAAACGAACCGAUGUGAGUAAUUCUUUGAUUCUUUGAAUAAAAAUAUAUAUAUAUAUAAUGAACGAACCGAUCAGCCCAUCGAAAUUUUACAACAAGCAAAGAGUUGCGAUCAAGAGAAAAAAAUUCCGAAAGGCUUGUUCGCUGGAUGAAUAUCCUCGGAUGUCACUGCACUUGAUAGGACUGCCAGAGUUUUGGCUGGAAUGUGACAAACAGGCGAAUGCACUUGUUAAAGCGUACGAAAAAAGCACAGAUGCUCAUAUGCUGUGCACUUUUGUUUCUCAGCGUGAAAACGGAUACCGAAAGUUCAUAGUAGCCCACCCUGAAGUUUAUUGGUGGCGGUACGUACGACGACCUCCAGAAAAGAGAUGUUCUUAUGAGGUAAUUCCAGAGAACUCCCCCUGCCGACUGUAUCUGGAUUUGGAAUACUUUAUUGCAUUAAAUCCGGAGAGUGAUGGUCCUUCUAUGACCAACACGAUAGUCGAUAUCUUUGCUGCUUAUUUGCUUAAGCAUUGGGGCUUGCCAUGCAAUAAAUACAACACGAUUGAUUUGGACUCGAGUACUCCAGAGAAAUUUAGUCGCCACAUCAUAUUGAAUAUCAAGCAUAUAGCGUUUAAGGAUAACUACCAUGUUGGCAGAUUAGUGAAAUCUGUAUGCAAUGAUAUUUCUAAUUAUCUAUCCACAGAUGGAAUGUACCAUGAUGUCUUAAACCAGUUUGAUAGAACACAGUUAAAACAACUGUUUGUAAACACAUAUAAGGGUAACAAACUGUUCAUCGAUACAGCAGUCUACACAAAGAAUAGACAUUUUAGGAUAUAUAAAUCCACAAAAUGGGGAAAACAGUCCAAUUUGACGAUCUCGAAAGACUGUAAAUAUAUUCCUUCCAACUUGCAUAAAGGCAAAGAGUUGGGUCUGUUUUUAGACUCAUUGAUAUCCUACUUUGUUGCCAAACCGGAUUUGAUACUUUUGGAAUAUCCUAAAAUUGAUUUAACAGAAGUGAAACGUUUCACUCCCGAAAAACCUAAGUACAUUUGUCAUGAAUACGACAAAUGUUAUUCAAAUUAUCCGACGCUAGACGAGUACAUCCGUAAGAAGAUACAUCCUGGUAAAAUACGAGCAUGUAAAUACUUUGAAUGUUCCAAAACAUUAGUGUACGAGACAUUGGAUUACAGGUUCUGUGAAAAUAUCGGUAGACGACAUAAAAGUAACAACGUGUUCUUGAUCGUGGACAUAAAGAAUAAAAUACUGUAUCAGAAAUGUCACGAUGAAGAUUGUUCUGGCUUUAAAUCGGAACCAAAACGAUUGCCGGAUGAAAUUUCUUUCCAAAUUGACGACGCCGGUGAUGUUAUGCUCCUAAGUUGCAUCGCAAUAGAAGAUAGUACAUAGGCGCUGGAAACUGAGAUUGCGAUAAAAUAUUUUAUUAGGAUAGAGGUACACGACACGCAACUGUUGCCCAAAUUCUAUAAAAACGAUUUGUACACAGCUGCU